AUGAUGGAGGCAGACAAUGUUGUCAAUAACAACGCUCAUAAUGGAGUGUAUAGUACAACGUCGAAUGCUUCAAUGAACAUGUCAGCGUCGCAAACAGCGCAGCCAGUAUACGAACCGAUCUACGUCGAUGUGAUCGGCGCCGAGAAGGAGCGUGUCAUCAUCCAGUUGAACGGCAUCAGCGCACCGCUGACAAUCAUCCGCGAGUGCACGCCCUACCGCAUCAUCUUUAACGACACCGACUCGGCAGACUCCAAGAUGAUGUCGGGCAACACCGACGACGACGACGAUCUGGGCGACGACAAGGACGAGGAGCUCGACAUGCCCGACGCCACUCCACAGCAGGCCAUAUGCAACAUCUACGUCUUUGACACCAAGCACAAGCAGUGCAUAGACGACUUUAAGAAGCUAUUGGGUAACCUAUCGCUCACACUCAAUGCCUCUGGACAAUCACAGCCACAACAAUUGUUAAUUCCAACAAUAUUUGUCGGAAUGAACAUUGGACCAGCACUCAGCUACAUAAAGGACCUGAAGAUGAUCCAGAACAAAUGGCCAUUCAUUGAGUGGAAGGACAAUGAUGGAGCAAACAUUGUCUACAACUCAGUCGUAGAGGCUGUGUCACGUAUAAAGAAACAAUUGGCUUUGACCGAUGCCUGUACCAGAGGUGAUGUAGAUGCAUUGGAUCUUGUCAUUCGUUCAGAUGUAUCUGCUGAACAAUUAUCAGCAGCACAUAAAGCUGGACAUGCAAUCGUAUUCGAUUCAUUGUUGGCACAUAACAGCAAUGCAUUGGUGGUCACUGGAACGAUGGCACUGCUGAGCGCAGUGGUCGAGACUAAUGAGAUGAAGAAGCCAAAGAGGUUGUCGCUGACCAGGUCGAACCUGAUGCGAUUCCCAAGGUCAAUCACAGAGAAGUGCACACACCUCGUCGAGUUGGACCUCAGUGACAACAGGAUCACCGAGCUGCCCAAGGAGAUCCAGGACCUCAAGAGUCUGCGCAUCCUCAUUCUGCGAGACAAUCGUCUCGAGAACAUCCCACUCGAGGUCAGCUACUUGAAGGACCUCAAGAUCCUCGAGUUGCAGGGCAACCCGCUCAGCGACUUCCCGCCCGCCGUCAUUGCCAGCGGCACCAAGAACUUGCUGUCCUUCUGCAGGAAUAUAUUGGAGCGCCAGAACUGCGAGAUCUGGAAGAAGGUGAAGCUGAUGUUUGUCGGUCAGGAGGGUGUCGGCAAGACCAGUUUGCUGCAGGCCUUGACCGGCUCCAAGAAGAAGAAGGGAGAGCUGCAGGUCACCGGAGACACCAUCUCCACCGAGGGUGUCAAGAUCCAGACCGUCAAGGGCAAGAAGAUCGACUUCUCUGCCUGGGACUUUGGUGGCCAGCAGGUGUUCUACCCAACUCAUCAGUUCUUCUUGACGAGCCGUGCCCUCUACCUCGUGGUCUUUAAGCUCACCGAUGCCAACUGGGCCGAGCGUGUCGAGUACUGGAUCCGUCAGAUCAAGUCCAUCUGCGAGUACGGUAUCAAGCCAGCGCUGUUCUUUGUCGGCACCCACACCGACGUCUGCACACAGGAGCAACUGAACGAGUGUGAGAUGAUCAUCAAGAGGUCCUUCAUGGGCCUGACCAGAGUGAAGGACCCUGUCUGCUUUGUCAGCUGCAACACUGGCAAGGGUGUCAAGGACCUGAAGAAGAAACUGAGCCAGGAGGCCGAGAAGAGCGGUCUCAUCAAGAAAGACAUCCCGGGCACCUACAUCCUGCUGGAGCACCGUCUCACCAGACGUGGCGCCAACCCCGGCAAGAUGUUUGCCGCCGGCCCAUCGUCGCUCAAUUUGGGCAGCUCUAACAGUCUGUCAAUGAGCGGCAGCAGCUCCCAAUCGGUCAAGGACCGCUAUAUCGAGUUUAGCGAGUAUGAGCGCGAAGCUGAACUCUCCCACAUGAAGCUACCAGACGACCUGCCAGGCGCCACCGCAUUCUUGCACAACCUCGGCAUCAUCCUGCACUACAACACACCGUCGCUCAAGCACCUUGUCGUACUGGAUCCCCAGUGGCUGGCCGACGUCAUGAGCAGUUUGAUCACAUUCUCGCACAACUGGAUCAAGAAGGGUAUCCUGGUGCACAACGAGCUGACCUCCAUCUGGGGUGGCCGCUACGAUCCCUCGUUGUGGCCCGUCCUGCUCAAGAUUCUGGAGAAGUUCGAGGUUGCCUACGAGUUGCCUGGCCGCGUUGAGGUCGAGGGCCGCUCACUCAUUCCAUCACUGCUGCCCGAGGAGCCCGAGCUUGAGAUCCUCAAGAUCAUUGAGCGCGAGUGGAUGCCCACGGCCGACCUGGUGGAGACGAAGCAAAAUGUACAUUUCUUUGGCCGCGACUACAACUUUGAGUUCAUGCCGCUGGGCUUCUUCUCCAGGUUGCUGCUACGUAUCCUUCACAUCUCUGGCAUCAUCGUCAAGACCUACUGGAGGAACGGUAUCCUCUUGGACAUCAUCAACACGGCGUCGCAGAAACAGCAGGCCCUCGUCACAUUCAAGAAGCGCAAGAACUUUGGCUCAGCCGACUCAUACAAGCUGACGAUCGAGGUGCGCUCCUUCAACAACGCCGACCAGGACAGCAGCGCCGCCCACUUCCUCCAGCAGCUGAUCUUCACUGUUGACUCGCUGCUCAACAACUUCUACCUGAACCUACCCAACGUCGGACGUCUCUUGCCUUGCAACCAUUGUAUCGAGAACAACCCCCGCUCCGAGCCAUUCUUCUUUGAUUUCAGCAGCUGUAUCUCUGCGCUCCAGGAGGGCAAGCCCAACCUCUACUGUCGCAAUGAUCCCAACGUGCCAGUGCCAGUAUCUCGCGUUGCACCAGAUCUUGUCGCCAACAAGGUGCCCGUGCUCAAGGACAACGAAGUUGAGUACGAGAAGCAGAUUGGUAAGGGAGCCUUUGGUCUCGUGCACAAGGGUAAGAUGGUCAAGGGUGGCCAAGUCAUCGCCAUCAAGUCGUUGCUACUACAGGAGAACCAGGAGACUGAAGAGAUGGUCGAGAAGUUCCAGGAGUUCCAGCGCGAGGUCUUUAUCAUGAGCGACCUAAAGCACCCGAACCUGGUGCGUCUGCUCGGUCUGAUGUUCAGCCCGCCCAGAAUGGUGAUGGAGUACAUCCCCAUGGGCGAUCUCUACAAGCGACUUCGCUGUGGCGAGCCCAUGAGCUGGAACCUCAAGACAAGAGUCAUGCUGGACAUUGCCCGCGGUCUCGAGUACAUGCAGGCGCUGAACCCACCCAUCGUCCAUCGUGAUCUUCGUUCGCCCAACAUCUUUAUCUGCUCGUUGCACGAGGACGCCCCAGUUGUGGCCAAGAUUGCCGAUUUCGGUCUGAGUCAGCAGUCAGUGCCCUCAGUGUCUGGUCUGCUCAAGUCGAUCCAUUGGAUGGCACCCGAGACCAUUGGUGCCGAGCAGGAGAACUACACAGAGAAGGCCGAUACAUACUCGUUCGCCAUGGUGCUCUACGAGGUUCUCACCAGCAAGUUCCCCUUUGAGGAGUACUCUCUCAAGGAGCGUCAGUUCAUCACGGCCAUUCGUGAGGAGAACCUCCGUCCUACACUGCCCGAGGACACACCUGUAAAGUUACGCAACGUCAUUCAGCAAUGCUGGAGCGGCGACCCCAAGAAGCGUCCAUCGUUUGGCUACGUCGUGCGCGAGCUUGAGGAGCUGCGCGGCGGCAUCACCACCACAACAACCACCACAGUGUCCGUGUCGAACAAGCCCACCGUCGACUCGGCUGUUGCACUGGAGCCACCCGUCUCCCAGACAGCCAACCUCAAGAUCAUCAGCUCAGCACCCACAACCAACCAGUCACUCUCUGAGAUGAGCAACUUCAACUCCAACGCGAUGCAAUCGUCUGGAGUGGCCAUCGCCAAGCCCAUUGGAAACAACCCGAUCAACUUCAUGUCGAUGGUGUCAAUGCAUCGCAAGAUCGAAGUGAUUGCCGCCGUGGAGGCCGGCGAGUACGUGUGGACCAAGUCACUGGACAACCACAUGUGCUUCUGGAACAGCAAGAAGGCGUCACUGCUCCGCGAGCUUAAAUGUAAACAUAGCAACACGACCAUCAACAUGAUCAAGGUCGGCUCCACCGUUUGGGAGGUGACCAAGGCCAUCAUCUACGUGUGGGACAUUGUCAAGAUGGACAUUGUGCGCGAGAUCAACAGUCCGCACUCAGCCCCAAUCACCGCUGUGUUCCACGCCGGUGGCGAGAGUUCCGUGUACACAGGUGAUGCCAGUGGACGUGUAAUCGUUUGGGACGCCAAGACCGCCGAGCCCAAGGACAACUUUAGCAUCACAGAGGGACCAGUUGUUGGCCUGUCGAUAUAUGCCAGUAUACUAUUUAUCAUCAACCCACAGCAGAUCUUCCUGUGCAGGACCAAGUUCAUGCAGGUGCAGUCCAGCGCCUCAUGGAAGCACACCAAUGGCACCAUGCACUCUGUUCUCGCAUUGAAGGAUGAAGUGUGGACCGGUGGCUCUGACGGCAAAGUAUACACAUGGAAGAUCAAGAACGACAGUGACCUCUCCUUGCAGAACAAACUCGAGAUGCACAAGGAUGUUGUCACUUCGUUGGUGGCAAUGGAUGAUAGUGUAAUCUCCAGUUCACUAGAUAAGUCCAUGAAUUGGUUCAGUCAAUCGAACCCCAAGAAUGAGCACUAUGCUUCCAAUGAGCACUGCAAACAAGGAAUCAAGUCCAUUGUCAAAGUCCAACAGAACACUGUUUGGACGAUAUGUAAUGAUAGUACCGCACCCUUGCAUCUAUGGGACGUGCCCUCCAAGGUGGAGAAGAAGAAGCCAGUCCCAGCACCAAGAAACUUCCCAAAGAUCUUUAGAUAA